GGCCCGAUCGGAGGAGGGGCGGGCGGGAGGCGGCUCCCGAGGCGCUCAGCCCGUGCUGCUCCUAGACCGCGCUGCGCAGUGGUCGAGGGGGCUUUGCUACAUUGUAGCCUUUGCUGAGGUUCUCCCGGCAUUGCGGAGUGCACGUUUGCAACAAAUACUGCAACAAAGUUUCCCGGGCCGCUCCCAAAGCUUACUGGCUGGCCCGCCCGCAGCCAGAAGGCCUGCAGACUAUCGGGCCCGGUGUGCGGCGGCCCCGCCAUGGCUCCUCCCAAGAAAGGCGAGCUGACCCAGGAAGAAAAGCAGCUGCUGGAAGUGAUCGGGCAAGGGAAUGUCCAGGAGGCUGGCAGACUGUUGGGAAGCAAGAAUGUUCGUGUCAACUGUUUGGAUGAGCAUGGGAUGACGCCCCUCAUGCACGCCGCAUACAAAGGGAAAGUGGACAUGUGUCGAAUGCUCCUGCGACAUGGGGCCAACGUGAACUGUAACGAGCAUGAGCACGGCUACACGGCCCUGAUGUUUGCUGGACUUUCUGGAAAUAAAGAGAUUACUCGGGUGAUGCUGGAAGCUGGAGCAGACACGGAUGUCGUGAAUUCUGUUGGCAGGACAGCGGCGCAGAUGGCGGCUUUUGUGGGCCAACAUGACUGCGUGACUGUGAUUAACAACUUCUGUCCUCGAGAGAGGCUGGAUUACUACACAAAACCCCGGGGACUCGAGAAGGAGCCCAGGCUGCCCCCAAAGCUGGCGGGACCCCUGCACAAGAUGGUCACCACGACCAAUCUCCAUCCGGUCAAGAUUGUGAUGCUUGUAAAAGAAAACCCUCUGCUGGCUGACGUGGAUGCCCUGAAGAAGUGCUACGGCGUGCUGGAUCUGGUCUGUGAGAAGUGCAUGAAGCAGAGGGACAUGAACGAGGUCCUGGCCAUGAAGAUGCAUUACAUCAGCUGCAUUUUUCAGAAAUGCAUUAAAUUCUCGACCGAGCGAGAAGACAAGCUGGACGGCUUCAUCAAAAGUUUGUUAAAAGGCCGAGAGACAGACGGCUUUCCUGUCUACCAAGAAAAGUUCAUUCGAGAGUGUAUUCGGAAAUUCCCUUACUGUGAAACCACCCUCCUCCAGCAGCUCGUCAGAAGCAUCGCUCCCGUGGAAAUUGGCUCUGAUCCUACAGCCUUCUCUGUGCUCACUCAAGCCAUCACUGGUCAAGUGGGAUUUGUAGAUGUAGAGUUUUGCACCACGUGUGGAGAAAAGGGCGCAGACAAGAGGUGUUCGGUGUGUAAGAUGGUCAUUUAUUGCAACCAGAAUUGCCAGAAAAUCCACUGGUUUUCUCAUAAAAAAGUCUGUAAGGUGCUGAAGGCUGCAUAUGAGAAGCAAGAACUGGAAGCUGCCGAAAAGAAGCGACAAGAGGAGAGAGCAAAGAAAGAAAAAGAGCCGGAUGUCAAUUCAAAUUCAUCUAAUGGGGAACAGCCAGAAAGUGAUGCUGGAGAUACCAAAGACGACCUUACAGGUCUGGCCCAGGAGGAAAUGGCAGAUGUGAAAGAGGCCCCCCAAAUAACCUCAGGGGCAGACAGUGACACUGGCCUCCAGGAUGUGGCAGGGAGUGUGAAAGAGCCAGAAGAGUAGGACCCAGCUGGGUCUGUAGGUUUGCAGUAUACAUGAGACAAACAGCCCAGCCCUCUUUCCCAUGGAGGUGUGAGCCAUGAGAGGCAGCAAGGGACUGUUCCAUGUUCCACAGAGCCCACCUUUCAUGAAGCUGUGCUCUCCAGUGGGUGCAGGUCACAGCUCACUCGCCCCAUCUCAUCCCAUGUGGCCCUUAUCCACAUCCUCUGGCAGUCCCCCUCCCUCCCAUCAUGCUGGAGGGCUUCACUCCAUCUCUAGACAUGGUGUGGCUGCCAGUCACACGUCCAGGGUACCCAUUAGGCACCCCUAGCUCUCGUUCUGACUGGCUCACCUUUGCCAGGCAACCCUUUGCUAUCACAUCUGUGGCUUUUCCUACAUGUCUGUCACCGGCAGUAUGUUACAGCCACCCCCCACUGAGUAGAGUAUCUAAGUCAAACCAAGCAUAAACGGGACAGGGCAGGGCUUGCCGUGUCACUAUUCUGAGGGAGGAAAGGCAUCUGAUUUCAAGAUAUUUGAAAGAAGGGAGGCUUGCAAACAUUUGGGGAAAAAAAUCACAGACUUGAUUAUUGUCAAAUAGGUUAAUCAAUCAACAAACAUUUAUUAAGCACCUCCUACAUCCCAGGCACUGUGUUACGCCCUGGGGAUACCAGUACAAAGACAUAGAUUAUAAAUAUACAACAGUCAUCCAACCAGGCCAUGUAAGCAUGGACUGAAAAUCCCAUCUCUGUGGAAUGUUGGAAUAAUUUAAGGUGUUUCAAGGGGAUCCUAGAUGCAGUUAUGGGAAGGGAACACGCAGGCUUUCAUCACUACAUCAAACUGCAAGUUACAGUCAUGCAAUCUACUGAAAAGUCAUCCAGUGCAUUUAUUGGUUGUUGCCAGUUUUAAGAAAAGCAUUUGGUUUAGUGACCCACAUUCCACACUCAAGGCUGCCCUCCGACUUUGAAAGUGUCUCCUGAGCACAAGUCAACAUUUUAGGAGAUUCCUUCAGAGAUAUGACAGAUGGACCUCUGUGAUGUAGCACAGCAUGAAGCCGGGAGGCACGGGCUAGCUGAGGGCAUGUGCCACCUGCCUGCCAGCUGCCAUCCCAGUCUGCACAGCACUGUAGAUGGUGAGGGGUGCCAGGCUCUCCUGCUGAUGACAGCACUGAGCACUAGAACAGUGCCAAGCCUCCUCAAUGCCCAUUACCUCCCCACUUUCCUGAAGUGUCUCCCUUGGAGCAAAGCUAUCCAUGGUACCAUACUUCCCCACUAACUCCCAGCAUGUGCUAGGAGCUGUGUUCCCUGGUGAAAUAGCUUUUUUCAAAGAUGGAUGUUAAGCAUUCUGUCCCACACCCAGCUCCUCACAAGUUGGCUGUGACUCUCCCUUCCACUUGGUCCCUUUGCCGGCUUGAGAACAAGCCUUUUAUCUAACCUACUUGGAAGCAGGAAAGACCCCAAAUGAAAAGGAAAUGGUGAGACAGGGCUGGCUUGUGCCUCUUCCAGUGCUGCCCCUUGGACAACAUCUCCCUUGUCCUUUCAAAGUCGGGUAGCUUUGCCUGUCUGCUGGCUGUAGGAUUGUCAGAAUCCCAACAGAAGUAAACAGAAGGUAUCAGACAGGAGAUAAGCCACAGAGAUGUGGAACAGAUUCAAGAGAUUCGGGGGGCUUCAGACAAAAGGAGUCAUGUUCCCUGGAGUUGGCCUGAGUCUAUGGAAUAGUGGGAAACACCGGGAUUGGGAGGCAGAGCACCUGGGUUUGAAUCCUGCCUCUGGAAUUAUCUGUGUGAUGUCAUUUCACCUGGGAGACUCAGUUUCCUCAUCUAUAAAUUAAAGCGGUUAGACCAUUCCUAUAAGCUCCUUCCCAUCUUUAAAAUCCUUGCUCCUGUGAGACACCCAGGAAAAUACCACAAUUCAGAGAAAGCUAAGUUUUGCCCUGAUGGCUGCCCCUGGAUCUUGUACACAAGUGUGAUUGGAUCCUUAGGUGCUACAUGGAGGGGAAUAUGCAUGCUGGUGAAUACUUGACCUAAUGGCUCUUGCUUGCUGGGGGGUGGGGUGGGGACUGAUCACUACCCGAGCUGUGCUCAUAGCUUGUCUUCACUAAAGACCUUCAUAAAAACGGUUGGGCUACAGUCUCCCAGAAGGAAACCCAGCAAGCAGGGGAUUCAUUCAUAUGGCUUGUCUUCUACACUCUGUUUAAGGAUAAUUAAUGGAAUUUCUCAACAAACGAUUACGUAGCAGGCCAGUUUGGUGUAUGAAAUUUUCCAGGUUCCCCUUCUCUGAAAAGUUCUCCGGAGUCAUGGCCGAGUUUCCAUCCUUAUCCUCUGUGUGUGUGUGUUGGGGUGGGGGGUGGGGGGGCAUCCACGUAUCCACCCAUAUUUGGAAAGUUCCAUUCAGAAAGCCUAGUGAGCCUAAGCUGGCAUUGGAAGCUGCUGACCUAGAAUGUGUGGCAUCUGUGAGGGGGCCGCCCCACCCUCCGGUCUCUUGGGAAGAUCGAAAUAAACAUGCUGCCUCAUCCAAACA